CUGAAAACUCCCGGCCCAUUUUUUUUCUCACCCAUCCCAUCGUCCCUGACUUCCUGCCAGAGAAAAAAGCUGAAAACUUCGCUUUGCCGUCUGCCUUUUAGCCCCUCUUUUUAAAAAGUUCUUUUUGGAGUUUGAGAUAACAGCAAAUAAUCGCAAUCAUGGAGAUGGUAAAGAAGAAAAUCCAGGCUCUGCAGCAGCAAGUUGAUGAGGCAGAAGAUCGCGCACUCGCAGUACAAAGGGAGUUGGAUACAGAACGGGAACUGCGCGAAAAAGCCGAGGGCGAAGUGGCCUCUCUGAACCGACGCAUCCAGCUGGUGGAGGAGGAGCUGGACCGAGCUCAGGAGAGGCUGUCCACGGCCCUGCAGAAGCUGGAGGAGGCCGAGAAGGCUGCGGACGAGAGCGAAAGAGGCAUGAAGGUGAUUGAGAACAGAGCCAUGAAAGACGAGGAGAAGAUGGAGAUCCAGGAGCUGCAGCUCAAAGAGGCCAAACACAUCGCAGAGGAGGCUGACCGCAAAUAUGAGGAGGUUGCUCGCAAACUGGUGAUCCUUGAGGGUGACCUGGAGAGGGCAGAAGAGAGGGCAGAACUUGCUGAGCUAAAGUGUAGCGAUUUGGAGGAAGAGCUUAAAAACGUCACCAACAACCUCAAGUCUCUAGAGGCUCAGUCUGAUAAGUACUCUGAGAAAGAAGACAAAUACGAAGAGGAGAUUAAAAUCCUGAAUGACAGACUCAAGGAGGCGGAAACUCGUGCAGAAUUUGCAGAAAGGACGGUGUCAAAGCUCGAAAAGACCAUAGACAACCUAGAAGAGAACCUGUCGAAGGCAAAGGAGGAAAACCUAGGAAUGCACCAGGUUCUGGACCAAACACUGCAUGAGCUCAACAGCUUGUAAAAAAAAAAAAGAAAAAAAAAAACAACCAAGAAGAACGAACAGCAAUGGAAAACAAAAACACCUUUUUUGUUAAAGAGUAUUUUCUACAUGCCAUCCAUUCUUUGUCAUUCCACGUCUCCUUGUCUGUGACUUUUUAACACAUGUAGCCAAUGUAUGUAUUUAUGGUUCCUUUGUUUCUUUUACUUUUUUAAUGAAUGGUUUUGGGUCCAAACGAUCUCAGUAUUGGUGCUGGAAAUUGUGUUCAAAAUCUGACAACAAAUAAAGCCUGUGAUGUCAGUUUCCAUGCAGCUUCUGAUUAGCCUUCUGCUCUUUUUGGCACCCAUGUUAAAGAAAAUUGUAAAAUUACAUCAAUUUUCUAUUGCUGCUGAUUAAUCUCACUCUGUAAAACGUAAAAAAGAAAAAAAAAAAACCCUUCAAUUUUAGAACAUUUAUUCGCUGUGGAAAAAAUACCCCAUAUUAUUGGCAGCCAUGAGAAUUCGUAUGAAAUAAAUACAACUGGAAACAUA